CACGUAGCGGCAGUGAUUGCGAUGCUUCAUCAUGCUAAGCCUCAGCUUCUGGAGGUGAACAUGGAGACCUUCGCUCAGAAGGAGGCCCAGUGGGUGGAGUUCCUGGAGAAAGCGGGAAGUGCGGAGCUUGAUCUUACCAACUCUCUUGACUGUGAGCCUGGCUCCUUCUGUGACCGCCUGCUCCAGCAGCUGCCCAAGAGCAGUGUGACGCUGAGCGACUUCGGUGGGGAAGUGGGGCAAAGUGGGGCGGCCGCCCUUGCCGAGAUGGCUCGUCGCUCUCAACGCGAUAUCAAAUGGCUUAUGAACGGAAUGCCAACGGAGACAACUAUGUUCUCCUGUGAGUGUAGCCCAGCAAUCUCAGGGAAUGCUGGAGGUAUAGCUGCCUCUUUGCCUGAGGGAGUCAAGUUCUUAACAUGAAAACAAACACCAACAC